GUCUACACUGUGAAACGUUCCUCGCUCCCUGUGCUCAGGACCCUUGCAGAAAUGGCAGCAGCUGUAUCGAGUCUGCAGACUACCUAUCGUUCUCUUGUGUCUGUCAGGUCGGGUGGAGAGGGCGGCUUUGUGAGGAGGACGUCGAUGAAUGUGUCUCUGACCCAUGCCAUAAUCGAGGGCAGUGCCAGAACUCCCACGGCGGGUACUUUUGCAAAUGCCAACCAGGCUACAGUGGCCAGCUCUGCGAUGUGGACAAAGAUGACUGCUUACCCAACCCGUGCCAAAAUGGCGGCUCCUGCGAGGACGGGCUGGACUCCUUCACCUGCUCCUGCCCUGCGGGUUUCGCCGGCAACCGUUGCCAGGACGACGUCGACGAGUGCGGCAGCGACCCGUGCCGGAACGGGGGGACAUGCGACGACUGCGUCGACGGUUACACCUGCAGCUGCCCCCUGGGGUACGAUGGCGUCCACUGUGAGAACGACAUCCCGGACUGUGCCCCGAGCUCCUGCCUGAACGGGGGCACGUGCAUCGAUCAAGUGGCCAACUUCUCCUGCCAGUGCCCGGUCGGGUUCAAAGGUCACUACUGCCAACAGGAAAUCAACGAGUGCGACUCUCAGCCCUGCCUGAACGGAGGCACCUGCCAGGACGGCUAUGGGACCUACAAGUGCUCCUGUGCUCAGGGCUACACAGGCAACAGUUGCCAGACUCUGAUAAACUGGUGUGCCAAGCCCGUGUGUAAGAACGAUGGACGGUGUGAGCAGGUGAAAACUACCUUCCGCUGCGUGUGCAAGAUGGGCUGGUCGGGUCUUUACUGCGACGUUCCCAAGGUUUCCUGCGAGGUCGCAGCUGCACGGCGAGGUGUGGAUGUCACAUGGUUGUGCCAACACGGUGGGCAAUGUGUCGAUGCGGGAAACUCCCACUACUGCCAGUGCCGGGUGGGCUUCGAGGGGAGUUACUGUGAAACGGAGACGGACGAGUGCCAUCCUGACCCCUGCCAGAACGGAGCCACCUGCCGGGAUCUGGUGGCCAAGUAUUCCUGCCAG